GCUGACGCUCCGCAUUGCAGAGUCGGAGCGGCGCGGCGUCAUGUUGGGCCUCCUCCUGCUGGCCAGCGUCCUGGGCGCGGCCCUAGGCAGCCCUGUCCUGGGCCUGAAGGAAUGCACACGAGGCUCCGAAGUUUGGUGCCAGAACAUAAAGACGGCAGCCGAGUGCGGGGCCGUGCAGCACUGCCUGCAGACCGUCUGGAACAAGCCCACGGUGAAAGCACUUCCCUGCACCUUGUGCAAAGAUGUCAUCACGGCCGCGGACGACCUGCUGAAGGACAAUAGCACCGAGCCGGAGCUCCUCUCGUACUUGGAGAAGGUCUGCGACUGGGUCAAGUCUGCCAGCUGCAAGGAGAUGGUCGACACCUACUUCCCGGUCAUCCUGGACAUAAUUAAAGGACAGAUGAGCAGCCCCGGGGAGGUGUGCUCCGCUCUCAACCUCUGCAAGUCUCUCCAGAAGCACCUGGCAGAGCUCAACCAUCAGAAACAGCUGGAGUCCAAUAAGAUCCCGGAGCCAGAGCUGGACCUGGCUGAGGUGGUGGCGCCCUUCAUGGCCAACAUCCCCCUCCUCCUGUACCCCCAGGACGGCCCCCGCAGCAAGCCCCAGCCGAAGACCGAGGGCGACGUGUGCCAGGAUUGUGUUCAGAUGGUGACCGACAUCCAGAAUUCUGUCAGGACCAACUCAACCUUCGUGGAGGCCUUGGUGGACCACGCCAAGGAGCAGUGUGACCGCCUGGGCCCUGGCAUGGCCGACAUGUGCAAGAACUACAUCAGCCAGUACUCGGAGAUCGCCGUGCAGAUGAUGAUGCACAUGGUAGGUGCCCAACCCAAGGAGAUCUGUGCGUUGGUUGGGUUCUGUGAUGAGGUGAAACAGGUGCCCAUGCAGGCUCUGUUCCCCGCCAAGGUGAUCUCAGAGGACGUCAUCCCUGCCCUGGAGCUGGUGGAGCCCAUUAAGAAGGACGUCGUCCAGGCAAAAGCUGAUGUUGUCUGCGAGGCCUGUGAGUAUGUGGUGAAGGAGCUGACCAGCUGGAUUGACAACAACAAGACUGAGGAAGAUAUCAUCCGGGACUUGGAUGCGGUGUGUGCGAAGAUGCCGGCGUCCAUUGCCAAGCAGUGCCAGGAGGUGGUGGACUCGUACGGCAGGUCCAUCCUGACGCUGCUGCUGCAGGAGGUGACCCCUGAGCUGGUGUGCUCCAUGAUCGGCCUCUGCGCCCCCCAGGGCCUGCCCGCGCUCUCUGUGCACGUGACGCAGGCCAAGCAGGCCAAGCAGGCCUCGGACGGCGGCUUCUGCGAGGUGUGCAAGAAGCUGGUCGGCUACUUGGACCAGAACCUGGAGAAGAACAGCACGAAGCAGCAGAUCCUGGACGCCAUGGAGAAGGGCUGCCACUUCCUGCCGGACCCCUACAAGGACGAGUGUGACUCGUUCGUGACCCAGUACGAGCCUGUGCUGAUCGAGAUCCUGUUGGAGGUGAUGGAGCCUUCCUACGUGUGCCUGAAAGUCGGCGCCUGCCCUGCGGCACACAAGCCCCUCUUGGGCACGGAGAAGUGUGUGUGGGGCCCCAGCUUCUGGUGCCAGAACAUGGAGUCCGCAGCUCUGUGCAACGCUGUUGAGCAUUGCAGGCGCCACGUGUGGAACUAGGAUGGCUCCACCCAGAGAAGCUGCCGCGUCUUUUCCUACUGGUGUGUCUACGGAACAGACACACAGACCUGUUGACUUUGUUAUAAGAAUUAGGACCGUCUCUCGCUCCACCCUCAUCCCUUCUGUGGCAUCGCUGUCCUCGGGCACCCAGCCUGGCGCUGACACGGCUGCUUCAGUCCUUCCCUCUCCGGACCUGCCUGCCCCUGCAUGGCGAGGAGCAGAGAGGGGCCAGAGCUGCGUGACGGGCGGUGGGCACCUCCUGAGGGGCUCGGCUCCCCAAUCCUCCACCCACCCCGGGAGGGCCUGCCCUUCCCCCACACGAGCCACACAGGCAGGGUGAUGGGCAGGGCGAGAAGCCAGGCAGUGGUGUUGGAGCAGUGCGGUCCCCAUUGGGGGGGUGCCUGGGGGCCCUGCCCGCCAGCAUUCCCAGGGAUGCCUUGUCUGGGGCUCUGGGGGUGGGGGCGGGGAGAGCCGCAUGGGGCCUGCUCCUUGGGAGGCCCCGUGCCCUGUUGUGUGAUCGUGGACGGCAGUGACGCCGCCUGCCUGCUCUGGCAUCCGCCACGACCCUGCCCAUGCCUCUGCACUGUUGUCCCAGGCGUACGGACCCCAGACCCCGGCCCCUGACCCCUCUCCCAGCCCUGCCCCCCCUUCCUCGAUGCUCUGUGUGACCUUGCCUUUCAGCAGCCGUGGGUGGGUGGGCGGGGGGCGCUGCCUGCUGCUUGGCCCCCUCCUGCACCCUCCCUGGUCCCCCGGAGCCGGCGAGAUGUACAGUUGCUAGUUAAUGGACUAAACAGUUUGUUUCCGCUAUAAAGUCUCUGUGAUCUAACAAUAAAGUCCUGUCGACCAGG